CCCGCCCCCCACAAAUGCUACGACGACUUCUCCCCCUCCCAGCUCCGCUUCGUCCUCCCCUUGCGCCUCGAGUUCUUCUUCGUCCUCUUCCUCGCCCCUUUCUCCCUCACCCUCUUCUGCUCGGCCGCCUUCGCCCGCGCCCUCCUGGCGCGCCCGGCGCUGCCGGCGCCCAAGCGCCGCCGCGCCGUGGGGCUGGCGGUGGCCAGCGCCCUCAUUUUCGGGGUUUGUUUCGCACCCUACAACGUCUCGCACGUGGUGGGGUUCUGGCAGGGCCGCAGCCCCGGCUGGCGCGUCUACGCCACGCUCCUGAGCGGCCUCAACGCCGCCCUGGACCCGCUGGUGUUUUAUUGUUCCUCCGGGAGGGUGAGGAGGGCGCUGGGAGGGGUGGGGAGGUGGCUGAGGAGGGGGUGGAAGGGUUAA